UCGGGUUUCGUUAGAGCCAAGGCAAGUGAUGCUAGAACCGCUAUCACCUCCUCGACCUUUCCAGAGAAAGGCGACUGCAGGCGGAACCGAGGCGACCUCGCGUCUCCACCGGCGAGACCGGUGGUCCCCUUCGAUUCCGGUGGGCGUUUGGCCUGCCGGAAGAGUGGGGGACCCCGGAUCUGCUGCGCGGUGGUGUAAAUAGUCCUAGUAGUUCUAGGUCCAGUUUUCUGUGCGCCAUCGUUGUCGCGGGGAAGACGAUGGUGUGGGGAAUAAGGUGGUUCCUGCUCCUUCUCCGUCCGUUCGGCGUCGUUCCUGUUGCUGGCGGGGAGCUGGUGAACCUUUUGUCUCACGGAUCUGGGCAACUGGAUCCUGCGUGUUUGUUCCUCGUCUCCAGCUCGGGUACUGUGGUCUUUCUUCGACCUUGGUACCGUGUCGGAGGUGAGUUCUUUUGUUUCCUCCUCAGAGGGCAAGCUGUGGGUUUUGUGGAGGUUGGGUGGCCGGAUCGGGCUCGGCUUCACCUCGGCGGCGGCGGCCGUCGAUGGCGAGCGCGGAUCCGGGGGUUGCAGAGGUCGGGGCGUGUCCCCGGUCGAUGGGCUACAGCCGACGGCGACUUCUGCUGCGACUCCUUUAAAAGCCAGGGUGCGAUGGGGCCUCGGCAGCUCACGGUGAAGAUCGGCUUCUUCCUCGACGGCGAUAGCUGGCGACGACGAGGUCGGCGGCAGGGGUUUCACGAAGGUUCCAGGGGCUUCUUUGCAUUUUCUCUUUUGGUUAGGGUCCUUUGUGAAGUUUGGCUGUAUCAGCUUCCUCUGUAUCCUCAGAAAAAAGAGCUGCCUCCGUUCCUGCGUUGGAGCAAUGGAAAUGUCGGCCAAGAGCCUUAACUGGGAGGGCCACAUCAUGGAGACGAUCGGCUCCGUCGCUGGAGAUGAGAUUGACGAUCUUACUCUUCUUGAGGCAACGGGCGAAGCAUCACGCACAAAGGAUGGAGCAGAGGAGGCAGCAGCCAAAGCAAUGAUUGUGGCAGCAAAGCGUGAUUUUGGCGUUGUUGUCAGCGAUUUCAGUUUCUGUGAGGUGGAACGUCUCAGAAAAGAGAACGAAACUGUUCGCCGGAGCAAUUUGCUUCUUAGGUCUGGUUGGGCUCAGUCACUCGAUCAUUUGAAAGUGCUUCAGGAUGCGCUGGGAGCGAUCACUCUUGAUGCUGUUGGCGAUUGUCUGAGCAACUCAAUUGGUUUGCGUGCUCAUGAAGCUGCUGUGUGGGCUGAGGAGAAUGUUUGGUCCGGCACAGCUGCGUUGGAAGAGGCGGCUGGCGAGUUUAUGGAUGAGAACUGAGAUGGCUGUAGUUUGGUCGUGGGGCAUAAAGUUUGUGUAGUUGCCCGUUCGUUAAAAGAUAAGGGUAGGCAAUGUUUUGUAUGCGUCAAAAUGGCUGCUGGAACUUGUUUGCUUUUGUAUGUUGCGUCUGCUAUAGCCUCAUGUAAGGUUCAAUGCAUUUGUAUACAUGUGCUCGAUUAUAUGAAGUAGUGAUCUAGUUGU